UUAGUGUUUCCCCUCGGCCUCGCUCACUCGGUUUAUUUGUGCGGGACCGUCUGUGUUGCAGAAUGACCCGCUGGGAAGGGAUCGCUCCCCUCCUGCUUCUGCUCCUACAAAGCGUUGCCGCUCAAGAAACGGACCAAAGCGCGGCACCACCUCCACCUUCGGCAUCCAACGGCACGGAGGAAGAGAGCGAAGAAUGGGGCCUGAACUCCCUGAGAGGAAGCUUCGAGGCAGUCAGUGGCUACUUUGACUCAAUGCUGGAGUUCAUGGGUGGACGGGACGGACUCUGCCAAUAUCGCUGUCGAUACGGUAACGCUCCUCUGCCACGCCCUGGGUACCAAAUGCCAGAACCUGAUGGGUGCAGCUCCUACUUCUUUGGUCUUCCUGUUCCAGAAGGGAUGGACAUGGGCAUCCCCGCCAUGACCAAGUGUUGCAACCAGCUGGAUAUGUGUUACGAGACCUGCGGUUCUAACAAGUACCGCUGUGACUCCAAGUUCCGCUGGUGCCUCCACAGCAUCUGCUCCGACCUCAAGAAAAGCCUUGGCUUUGUGUCUAAAGUUGAAGCAUGUGAGACGGUGGCAGACACUUUGUUCAACACAGUGUGGACUCUGGGCUGCAGACCCUACAUGAACAGCCAGCGAGCGUCAUGCUUCUGCCAAGGAGAAGAGAGAGAUGAACUCUAGACUAAACUCAAACCAUAUUUUUAUUUAUGACAAUUAUAAUUCACAGAAACAUCUCAUCUUUAUGGCAACAUUGUUUUACCUGAGUGACAGUUGUUUUUUUUGCUAUUCACAACACAAUGCAUUUAUCUUAGUAGCCUCUUAAUUAUUUUGACAAAUGAUUAUGCAUUUUCUUUGUCUCGAUUGUACAGUAUGAAAUAUUAAAAUAAAAAAUAAA